AUGUCGGAUAUUAAACAGCUAUUGAAGGAAGCCAAACAAGAAUUGACAAAUCGUGACUAUGAAGAGACCAUCGAAAUAUCGGAAAAGGUUCUUAAACUAGAUCCCGAUAAUUAUUUCGCACAUAUUUUUCUAGGGAAAGCACUUUCGAGUCUUCCAGCUAGUAAUAAUGUCAGUUCAAAUCGGAACCUGGAGAGAGCUACUAAUCAUUACGUGUCCGCUGCCAAAUUAGUUCCUGAUAACCUUUUAGCGUGGAAAGGACUUUUUCUCUUAUUUAGAACCACUGAGGUUGUCCCAGACAUACUUUCGUAUGAUGAAUAUUUUGACCUGUGUGGCCAAUAUGCAGACGCACUUUUAAAGCAGGAACAGUCUCAAGUAGAACUAAUAAAUGACAUAAAAUUACUAAAGAAAACGCAUCCAGAUUGUCAAAAAGCCUUUUAUCAGCAUUUGAAACCUGGGUCGCUAAUGGCGGAAACUAUUGGUCGUCAUCUAUCUACACCCCAGGACGCUUUAUUAAAUCUUAUAAAGAUACUGUCUAAUAUUGAAACAACGGAAAUAGGUAAGACCCUUAGUCAGAACAGGUUAAAACUAAAAGCUAGUGAUCCUGAUUAUCAAAUUAAACUAAAUUCAUUCUCCUGGGAAAUAAUUAAAAAUUCAGAAAUUGAUCAGUUAUACAACCAGUUGGUAAAUAUUCUCGCUGACGAUCAAAAGAGAAGUGAAAUUGAGAACCAGUGGUUAGAAUAUAGAAUCAAAGUGCUAAAAUCAAUGCCGCUGGAUGUAAAAAAAGAUUUUUUCACGAAAGUUAAGGAAAUGGUCGAGGAUAUGGUUCUUGUGAAUCAUCAAUCUUUGCUUGCAUGGCAAAAGUAUUUCGAAUGGACAGAUUACGAAGAUCUGGACAACAUGGAUGCCCCAUUGAUAAUAAAGUACUUUAAGAAAUUUCCUAAAGAUCCAUUGGCCAUGAUCCUCUAUUCCUGGCUUUCCUCAAAACUAUCGAAAUAUGAUAUUAAAAGUUUGGAAUCGGCUAAUAAACCACCUGAAGGCCAUAAAAAGACGGAGAAGGAAACAGAUAUUAAGGAUGUAGAUGAGACAAAUGAAGAUGAAGUUAAAGAUCGCGUUGAAGAUGAAGUUAAAGAUCGUGUUGAAGAUGAAGUCAAAGAUCAAGAUGAGGAGGCAAAGGAAGAUGAAGAAGAAGACCUUGAUGAUAUAGAAAUUGGUUUAUUAGAGGAAGAGGUUGUCACUGUAUUGACGGAGAAUAUCGUAAAAUGUAAAAAUAAUAUCUUAGCGCAUCGCAUUCUUUGUCAAUAUUACCUACUGACCAAGGAGUAUGAGGCAGCUUUACCAUACAUCAAAAAUGGUAUUUCUUUAAUUGCCUAUAAUAUAAAGGACCUGGGGGUACAUUUGCCAUUAACAAAAAGAGAAUUUUCUCUGGAUUUGGCUACCGUUUAUACAUAUGUCGAUGCCCCAAAGGACCACAAUGCUGCAUUAAAGUUAUAUGAUAACAUUUUAUCCGGUGAUUUUAGUAAUAUACAAGCAAAAAUGGGCAAAGGUAUAAUUUUUAUUGAAAGGAAAAAUUGGAAGGAUGCUAUGACAUUACUAACACAGGUGCAUGAACAAUCGCCUAAUAAUCUGGAAGUUUUAUCUGAACUGUCAUGGAGUAAAGCCCAUAUGGGUUAUAUGGACGAGGCAUUAGCUGGCUUAGAUACUGUCAUCAAGGGUAUCAAAGGUAUGGAUUUACGUUCGAUAGAUUUCAGAGCAUUAAACUUAUGGAGGCAAGCCAAAGUUUACAUUAUGAAGCAUGCUUCCAUUAACGAUGCUAAACAGGAAAACGUCAAGUGCGCAUUCAAAUUACUCAUUCAGAGUAUUAAAAUAUUGGACACUUUUGCUCCCGGAUUUUCGACACUGGGCGAUAUUUAUUGCCACUAUUAUAAAGACCAUUUGAGGGCCUUCAAAUGUUAUUUCAAAGCUUUCGAUCUGGAUGCGGGGGAUUACACAGCAGCGAAGUAUAUUACCGAAACUUAUGCAAGCAAGCCCAAUUGGCAAGCUGCUUCUUCCAUCGCUUCAAGAUUAAUUAAAGGUGAAAAAGCAAAGGCAGAACUGCGCUCAAAUAACUGGCCCUUUAGGGUCGUAGGGAUUGCUCAUUUGGAAAAGCAAGAAGAAAGUGAUUCUAUUGAGUGGUUUCAAUCUGCUUUACGUGUUGAUCCAAAUGAUGUAGAGUCAUGGGUGGGCCUGGGACAAGCAUACCACGCGUGUGGUCGUAUAGAAGCAUCUAUCAAAGUUUUUGACAAGGCAAUUCAAUUAAGGCCCUCUCAUACUUUUGCCCAAUACUUUAAAGCUAUUUCUCUAUGUGACGUAGGUGAAUAUCUUGAAAGUUUAGACAUUCUGGAAAAGGUAUGUCAAGAAGCCGCUACAGAAGAGUCAUUCCAAAUUGGUUUAGUGGAAGUGCUUAUGAGAUGUUCCUUGGAUUUAUAUUCGCAAGGGUUCUUGCUCAAAUCAGUUUCAAUUGCAAAGGACACUAUUGAACGGAUCAAGAUAAUUAUCAGUGAAUUAAAAUGUGAGAACCAACAGGUUUGGAUCUACCUUUCACAAGUACUGAGAUUAUUUAUUUGGAUAGAGUCAAAGGUUGAUACUUUACCUGUUGAAUCACUAGUAUCAAUUUUUGAAAAUUCUCAAUUUUCUGGUAGUGAAGAAAUUGAUUCUGUCGACAAUAUCAAAAUCGAUACUUUACUCGAUAGCACUACUGAUGAUAAUGUGUCCAUUGCGUGCAAGUUUUUGAUCUUAGCUUCAAAAUAUAGUGUUUCGGAUCAAAAAUUUACAGAUAUAGCAGGAACGGUCAGGGCCUCAUACUGGUAUAAUAUAGGUAUCUCAGAGCUUACUGCUUUCAUAACAUUGAAAGAACCGCAGUAUAGAGAUGCUGCUAUUUUUGCUUUUAAGAAAUCCAUUCAAUUACAGUCUAAUACAAGUGAAACUUGGAUUGGUCUAGGGAUAGCCACUAUGGACAUCAACUUUCGUGUCUCUCAACAUUGCUUUAUUAAAGCAACUGCUUUGGAACCGAAGGCGACAAAUACAUGGUUCAACUUGGCUAUGCUAGGUUUAAAGAAAAAGGAUACUGAAUUUGCUCAACAGGUUCUGAAUAAAUUACAAAGCCUUGCCCCACAAGAUUCGUCACCUUGGCUAGGUAUGGCCUUGAUUCUUGAGGAACAAGGAGACAUUAUCGGAAGUUCUAAACUUUUUGCACACUCCUUCAUAUUAUCUAAUGGAAGGUCAAAGGCUGCGCAAUUUAUGUAUGCUAAAAAUGUCCUUGAGAAUCACAUUAAUAAUGGUGACGAUGAAAGAGAUAUUGAGACAGUGGAAAAACUAACCACUGCUUCAAUAGCUUUAGAGCAGUUUUUCAAAAAAAGUCCUGAUAGUCAAUUUGCUCUUCAAUGUGCUCUUCUAACUCUUGAAAGGUUACAUCACUAUGAAAAUGCAAACGAACUGGCUAAUCGGUUGAUAGGCAUUUUGGAAAAAAAGUUUGAGAAAACUCAAGAUGAAAGAGAACUGUUUAAUUUUGCGAUAAUUAAAGGACAAUUCGCUCGUAUUCACUUAGGUUUAGGAAAUUUCGAACUCUCUAUUGAAAACGCUGAUCUUUCUCAAGGUAUUAUAUCUGAAUCGAGCGACGAAAAAUCAAUGAAAACCAAAAUAUCCAAUCACAUUUGCUUAGGAUUAAGUUAUUUCUUCUUAAACGACUUUGAUCAGACUUUGAACCAAUUCCAAGAACUGCUAAGCAUUUCAAAGGAUUCUAAGCACCUAGUUGUUUUAAUUGCGAAGGUGCUUUAUGAUGUAGGUGAAUCUGACACAAAGGAAAUUGCUUUACAGGAACUAACAGAAUAUAUAGCCACAAGCGGCGCAGACUUGUUAGUAACACUAACGAUUGCAGCUAUGUCAAUUCUAGACGAUAAGCGUGAAGAUUUAAGCAUUAUUUUAGAAGAAUUGAAAGCUUUGCCAUUAUCCAAACAAAUAAUAGAUAAGCACAAAGACGCACCAUAUCUGAUAGAAGAAAUUACUAAGAGACUUUAUCGUAACGAUACCGGUAAACAAGUAUGGCAAAGGAGUGCGUACUUUUUCCCUAAUAACCUCAAGGUUUGGGAGAGAUUAGAUAAGAAUAUUCAACGAAGAAUAGCUUCUAAUGGACAAAAUAAAGUUACUGCGGAGGAGAUGAGUAAACUAUAUUGUGAGAGUAAGAAUUUGAGAAGCAUACAAAGAGGUAUGUUUUUGUGCCCUUGGAACGUUACUGCAGUGAAGGCGCUAAACGAAUGUUUCUAA